CAAUACCACACUUCCGAGGUGUGAUUGCAUAGGGACGCUACGAGGCCUUUACAAAGAUUCCCUAAUCCAUGACAAUCCGCUAAGAUUUCAAGCCAAAGUGGUCAUAACACUGCCCUAAUGAGGUGAUACCUUGCCAAAGAAUCAUAAAACAAUACCAAUUGCUCCAAGAGGACUAAGCUAUAUCCCAUCAAUGCGUCCCUUCUUGACCUUUCGGUAAGACUGUCACAAGCUAGAGUCUCUAAUUAAUCAGUCAAGACCAGAGCCAUAUAGUAUUGUGGUUGUACUGUUUUCUUGGGUGGUUCUUCAUGUUCCAAUUAAAUCAUAAUACUCUUGUAAAUAAGCAUAGGUAGAAAGAUGGUUAUGGUCACUUGUCUUUCUCCAACGAAAAGCUACUCUUACUGCUCUUCACUACUCUUCAGCUUUUGCUCACUUGCAAAUCUUGAUCUUCAAUCUUCGAACAGCGAUCCUUCUACUCGAAAUAAUCAUGGAGCAAACAUACAAAGCAAACAACAAGUAUAACUAAGAACAAUACACCAAAACAGAAGAAAGACUUUAAAAGAGCAUACUAAAGGAUAUGGCUCGCUGCUACGAUGACGAGAGCGCAAGAAACGCGGAAAACGGAACUAAAACGGCGAUUCUAUGGGAUAAACGAUGCUUCAAGGAUCUAGUCGCGAUUAACUACGGACACAAAGGGCUAGCAAAAAGUAUUUGCGAGGCACAGUAAAGUGUGCUCACAAAGGAUAACAAGGUGAUAAAGCUAUUGCACACGUCACAAGGAUCACGUGAGCGCAAGAAUCGAUAAAAACAGAGCUAAAACGAAGAAGUUAUGGGUAAAACAUGGUUCCAGGGGCUUAUUUGUGAAGAAACAGAGCUUCCAGGGGCUAGAUCUGAAGAAAACAGGGACCUAAACAUAAUUAUACCUAAUCUUCAGGGGUCAGUAUGCAAAACUAGGGGUCUCGGACUGCGGGUUCGAUUUGAGGAAAAGGCAGGGGCUAAAUCAGAAAAUAAAGGACUUAAACAGAAUUAUUUUUGAACAGAGCAGGACGGCGGGUUGAUUUUGAGAAAACCGAGGGGUCUUUUUGCAAAACGUCUAGGGUUGACCGGUAUUGACCCAGUUGACUCGGGUCAAACCCGAUCUGGGCCACUGGUUUUAGAUCUAACGGUUUGGGUUUGGUUGGGUUUGAAUCUAAUCUCAGCCGUCGGAUGAAAAUUGGACGGCCAGGGCGAUUUGGGGGGUAGCAGCGGCGCUGGGCGUUGCCGGCGGCGAGGUCUGCGGCGAGGUCGCCGGACUUCGUCGAAAUCGACCGCCCGGGCACGAUUUCGAGCGUUGGUUGGCCUGGGAGAGAGAGCGAGACGGGUAACGCACCUAGUGGUCUGCGCAGGGCUUCGACGGGCAAGGCGAAGCGCUCCGCGGUGGCGCGCGACGGCGGAUCGCCGGCGUAAGGCCGGAACGGCCUACCGGCGCUUGAUUCGAACCGGGCUCGGGUCAGGGAGCAUGCGCGCAACGCGGCAAACCGAUCUAGAGGGUCAGGUGCCCGAGUUGGAGGCCGGGCAAGGGCGCUCCACGGCAAGUGGCGGCUCGGACUACGCCGGCGAGCUAUCUCGCGCGAAGGGAAGCAAGAGGGAGGGGAAACCGGGUCGGCAUCAAGCCCUACCUUGCUGGGAAGCUUCUGCGGCGGCUUGGGCGUCGAGGAGAGUAACGGAGCGGCGGCGCAAAGGCGGCAACCGAGCUCGAUUCCGACAAUGGCGGCUCGAACUAGGGUUUUGGCAAGCAGGGAGGCGGCGGCGGCUUCGGUUCAGAGUCUAGGGGGGUCCGUGCGGUCCUUUUUAUAGGGGCGGCCGGGCCGCCUUGGCGUGCGGGCCACGAAGGAAGAUGCGGGCGCGCGGGUGCCGGACUCGGAGCAGAGUCCUGCUCGAGCACGGCGGGGAAGGAGGCCCUGACGGGCGGGGCCCGUGCGGCAGAGAGUGAGAGGGGAGGGCGCGACGGACUGGGCCGAAGGGAGAAGGUGGGCCGGCGGGAAGAGAAGGAAAACGGAGCAGGCCGGGAUUUGGGACAGGAAACGGGCUGCGGUUUGGGCUGCGGGGGAAGGAAAGGAAAAAGGAGAGGAGGAGGAUUGGGCCGGCUGGGCUGAAAAGAGAUGGGGAGAGGGAGAAAGGUUUUGCAUUUUUUUUGAAAUAGAUUCAAACCUAUUCAAUUCAAAUUUAAAUUCAGGAGAAUUCAAACUUGAGUUGAACAACAAGCAAUGGAAUAAUGCAUUGCGGCAUGAAUGCAACACAAAUAAAACAACCUCAAUUAAUUUGGAAAACAAUCAAUAUUUAUUUUCUGUUACACUAAACUCUCUAUAAAGAAGAUAAGUCUUGGGAAAAUUUUUAAAAUUAUGAGAAAAUUGAUGAUUUAUUUUUAAUUUUAAUCACAUCCUGAAAUCCAAAAAUUUCAGGGUGUGACAACCCUUCGGGCGUGCGAGCGUGCGAGAACGUCCUGAACCUGCGGAGUAAGUGGAAGAGGCGGAAAGAAGACAUUUUGUCGAAGUCAUGCAGUGAUUAAGUAUUUCCCAAAGAAUUUUAACAUAAUAUUUUAAAUGGACAAUAUGUAUGGAACGGGUUAAGUAAAAAGACGCUGCUGUCCUGUGGCUCUUCGGAUUCUGUUUCUUCUUCGCAUGGGCAAACUUGUCAUUUCUCGCUUGCGGCACGCUUUCCCAUGCGCAACGGUUGGGCCCGGCACUAUAUAAGCCGACCCCGGGGGAGGCGAGAGCUCACCUCCCCCGCUUUUCAGCCCCCAAGUUCCUGCUCUUGCCUUUAGUCUUGUGCUACGGAUCUUUGCAAGGCACCAGCUGAAUGAUUUUCUUCGUUCCCCUCCUUCGGGCGCAACGGGCAACGGCUUCCUUUGAAGAAAUGGCCCCCUGGGGACAGUACUCGUCUUCCUCCGACGAAGAUUCUUGGCAAAAGCUAUAUGACCCAAGGCAUGAUCGAAGACCUGGAGAGGCAAGGUGUACUCGGAGCUGGCAUGGCGCGGCCUCCUCCAGAGGGUGAGAUUGAAGCGAAGCCUCGUUUUGACGAAGUAGUUGUUUUUCGCGACUUCUUUAUUGCAGGUCUUAGCUUUCCGCUGGAUCCGGUGGUGGUUGAGAUUUUCAAACUCUUUGACGUCUACACUCAUCAGAUGACGCAGAUGAGCUUCGUUCGGCUGAAUCUGUAUAUGUGGUUGUCGAAGACCUACAGGCUGAAGCCUUCGGCCACUGGAUUCGCUCGCCUCUUCAGGUGUCAUUUCCAGCCGAAGACUGUGUUUGUGAAAUCGAGCGAAGGUGCUGAAGCUACGGAGGCAGACCCUCAAUUCGGAGUGUACACCUUCGCGUUCCACACUCAGCUUCCGAGCCCGGUCGUCGCUUAUCGCAACCGGUGGGGCGCGUGGACGACGAUGUGGUUUUACCACAAGGUCUCCCUGGAUGAGUCCUCGCAGACUCAUCCUUUGGUGGUGAAAGAGAUUGGAUUUCUUCCGGAGCAGCCUCUGUCUGUGGAAGUUGACGAAGGGACGGAGGAGGCGAAGGCUCAUGUCGCGAUGCUCCGGGAGGUGUCAAAGUUAUUUUCGACGCGAGAUAUUGUCGAAGAAUAUGUUGCUUGCAAGUGUUUUCCCUUUCGCGAAGGUUGGUCUAUAACCUCGUGGGCGGGAAGGGAGAAGCGUUUGGGCGGCCUUCCGAUGCCCAACUUCUCUACGUCUUUCGGGAUAACAAAGGAAGGUUAGCCCCUGGCCACCUUUCUUUUUUUUAAGCGUCCUUCGCAUACUGUGCACAGGUGUUGAUCCCGUGGCCGUAGAGAUGCUUGCGGACGAAGCCAUUGGGGCGAAGGCUGCGAAGGAGCGGACUCUUCUUGAGUCCCGGCUGGGAGGCACCCGGAACAACCGGGUUUUUGCGUUUUUUGAGAUCGAGGCUCCCUAGCGCGCGGCCGACGUUCGGCUUGCUGAGGCCGAGGAGAAGAAAAAGGCGAAGGUGGAGCCUUCAGGUGCUGCGGGGGUCAAGCACAAGAAGUCCAAGGGCAGCAGCAGCACGGGGGCCCUGGAAAAGAAAAAAUGCAAGAACGACGGUGGGGGAAAGCUUGCUAAGAAGCGUUUUCGCCUCCUCGACACUGUCCUCGUGCCACCGCCGGCGCCGUCACCUCUUCGCAGCAAGGGGGGAUCUGAGGACAGAGUGGGAGAGUCGAGUGGUGGCAGUGCGGCGGCGCCACGAAGCCCCGCUGCUCCGAUUGAAGCCGCCCCAGAGCGGGCGAUGCCCGCCUUUCCCGCCUUCUCCGUGCAAUUCAGCGAGCCGAAGACGGAGAGUGAUGAUGACAAUACUCCGAAGACCCAUGCUGCUGCCGGCUCGGCAACGGAGGCUGAGGACCGUGCCGAGAACACGGCGUCGUCAUCUUCGGGGGAAGAAGAGGAGGAGGAGGCUGUUAAUGCCGUGGUGUCCGAUGCGGCCGCGAAGGGGAAGCAAGUUGCAUCGGAAGUCAAUUCGGAUGAUUCGAACUCGGACAGCAGCGCGUACUUGAUUUGUCAGUCUGUCCCUUCCGAAAUUGCGGAGGCUCUCAGGAUGAGACAUGCGAAAUUGAUUGGUGGUCAAGUUAUUGGUAAAAUUCGCUUCGAGAGCGGGCAGCAUGAACGGGAUUAUCUUUCCGAAGCUGGUGCCUCGUUUUUCUUUCCGCUCAUGGAGCGAAGACUCAUGCUGACUGGUGCCAGGAACACUGUGCAAUGUGCCGAGGACCUUGCCCUGAAAUCUUAUGUCGCGGCCAGAUGCGCCAGCCGUUUGCUGGAUGCGGAGCAUGAUCAACCCCUCCGCAUCGCCAGUCUGGAACAGAAGGCUCGUGGCCUGGAGGAGGAGAAGGCUUCACUGGAGGCUAAAUUGGCCAAUGCUCGUGCCGAUGCGGAGGCGGAACUGCAGGCAGCCCGUCUCGAAGUUGAGAAUGCCAAAGCUGAGGCAGCUGAGCUUCAUCGGUCCUUGGAAGCGAAGGCCACCGAACUGAAGGAUGCGGAAUGUCGGGAGCAGGCUGCUACGCAAGCGGUCAACGCCUAUCGUGAAGUCGUUCGUGCUGGUGCGGAGCCUCUUCAACGCGACAUUGUCGCCUUCCUCGAGACCCUGAGUCUUUCACCACCCGAUCUCUCUCCGACAGCCAAUUCCAUUUCGAUUUCUGAGCUGUUUCGGUGGCUUCGUGCUUGUGUUUCCAUGGCAACCUACGGGAAUUGUGCGAUGGGUGACUUGAGCGCCGCCGUGGCAGUGCGGUCUCUCAGCGCCGCGAUCUGCAAAAUGCUCCCCGAAGGCAGCGGCGCCGAAGCUUCUUUGACGAAGACCCAACUGCGCACAAUGAGGGAUUCAUCCUUUGUGUGGCCUUCGCCAGAAGAAGUUCGUCCGGAGACUCUGCCUGCCCUUCCCAAAAAUAUCGCGAAGAACUUCACCGUAAGUUUCUUCAAGACUCACGGGAGGGAUCUUGUCCGGGGCGAAGCUGAACGACUUCGCAAACAGCUUCAAGACAACGCAGAAGCCUUCGCGCGAGCCUUUUUGGGCCCUGCCAACGCUGGGAAUCUUCGCAGGACUUCGACAAGUGGUGCUGGAGUGGCUGCUGAAGGCGAAGAUGGACGCGGAGAUCACCCCAGAGAGGACGACGCUGUGCUGGAACCUGCGUGGAUCACCGAAGUUAACAUUGCUGUAGCACUUGCCAAGGUGUUUAAGCUUAAGGUUGGUUUACUAGAUGCUGACAUAUAUGGUCCAUCGAUUCCCACAAUGAUGAAUCUCCAUGCCAAGCCUGAAGUAAGUGAAGACAUGAAGAUGAUUCCAAUUGAGAACCAUGGAGUGCGAUGCAUGUCUAUUGGCUUUCUGGUUGACAAAGAUGCGCCAAUUGUUUGGAGAGGUCCUAUGGUAAUGAGUGCUCUCGAGAAGAUGACUAGGGGAGUAGCUUGGGGAAAUCUUGAUGUUCUUGUUGUUGAUAUGCCUCCAGGCACUGGUGAUGCUCAACUAUCAAUGUCACAAAGGCUUCGGUUAUCUGGUGCUUUAAUUGUUUCAACUCCUCAAGAUAUUGCUCUAAUUGAUGCUAGAAGAGGAGCCAACAUGUUCCGUAAAGUUCAAGUUCCUAUUUUGGGUUUAGUAGAGAAUAUGAGUUGCUUUAAGUGUCCAAAAUGCGGUGAGAAUUCGUAUGUUUUCGGGGAAGGUGGAGCCAAGAGAACCGCAGAGGAAAUGGAUAUGAAAUUACUUGGUGAGAUACCUCUAGAAAUCGGCAUCAGAACAGGUUCAGAUGAAGGCAAGCCUAUUGUCAUAUCUUCACCAAACUCUGCAUCGGCAUGGGCAUACAUACAUGUUGCUGAGAAGGUGACUGAGAGGCUCAAGGAGCUAGCAAAUGAGCGACAAAAGGGCCCAGAAAUCUUGCUCUGAGAACACUGGCCGCCCUGUUUCUUGUCCAACUAUUUUGCGUUUAUGCUACGUACUGAUAAUAGAGUGUUGUUGCAACUUGCAAGUAGCUAUACUGGAACUUGUACUCAAAUAAUGCUUUGGUGCCUUUUACAUGGAUGUGUGGCCUCAGUUUUCAACUGUUUUAACGCUUGGAUAUCUUUGGGCGAUGUCAAAUGCCCCGAGCACCACAUUUUGCCUGUC